UUUUUUGUUUAGGUAUUACAUUAUAGAUUUGUGUUCAAAAGCUACUUUCUGUAAAGAAAAUGGGAAGAAGGAAGUCGAAAAGGAAACCGCCACCGAAAAGAAAGAAUAUUGAACCACUUGAUCAACAAUUUAAUUGCCCAUUUUGCAACCAUGAAAAGUCAUGUGAAGUGAAAAUGGACAAAGGCAGGAACACAGCGAAAAUAACCUGUAGAGUGUGCUUGGAAGACUUUCAAACUGGAAUUAACUUUCUUUCAGAGCCUAUCGACGUUUACAAUGACUGGGUAGAUGCUUGUGAAACAGCAAAUUAAAUUAAAAUAUGCAGUUUAUUUUGUAAUUUAAAUAUAAAAAUUUAUAUAUAAACUACUGUUAGUGCUUUGUAAGUCUAUAAAACAAACAAAACUUAACUAUACAUAAAAUAAAAGAAAAUGACGAUACCACAGUA